CUUCACCUCUGACCCCUCGGUACGACGGAAGAACAACAGCCCCCUCGCAGGAUUUUACGUGAGGGGAAAAACGUCAUAGGAAGCAGUAGGUUGGACAUGGAAACGACUAAGCAAGGGUCUCCCACCGGAGUGGAUCAGAAAUGCUAUGAUGGGUCUCUCACCGGAGUUCCCCACUUUGACUGCCAGAGCAAAAUAAGGAAUGCUGGAAACCACACGGCAGCACAAAACGCCAACAUCAAUAACGCUGGUGAUAAACUCUUCAUGUAUGGGGAAUGUGGGUACCGGGCAGUUCAAAAGUCUAAGCUAUCCAGACAUAUGAGAACCCACACAGGAGAAAAACCCUACAAGUGUGACCAGUGUGACUAUUCUGCUGCACGGAAAGCCUAUUUAGACCAGCAUCGCACAAGACACACCGGUGAGAAACCCUACAUGUGCGGUGAGUGCGGAUACAGGACAGCAACAAAGUCCAUUUUGGCUAAACAUAUGAAAAUUCAUACAGGGGAAAGGCCCUUUAAGUGUGACCAGUGCAACUAUGCUACAUCACAUAAGCCCAAUUUGGACAGGCACAUAGCAGCAAAACACGGUGGUGAAAAACACUUUAAGUGUGACCAGUGUGACUAUUCUGCAACACAAAAGUACCACCUUGGCAACCAUAUAGCAACAAAGCACACUGAUGAUAAACCCUACAUGUGUGGGGAGUGUGGGUACAGAACAGUUGAAAAGUCUAAGUUAUCCCGACAUAUGAGAGCCCAUACAGGUGAAAAACCCUACAUGUGUGACCAAUGCGAAUAUUCUACAGCAUGGAAACACCAUUUGGUCCAGCAUCGCACAAAACACACAGGUGAGAAACCCUACAUGUGUGGGGAGUGUGGAUUCAGGACAGCUCUAAAGUCUACCUUAUCCACACAUAUGAAAAUCCACACUGGAGAAAACCCCCACAAGUGUGACCAGUGUGACUAUGCUGCAGCACUGAAAGCCACUUUGGACAAUCAUAUAGCAUCACAACACACUGGUGAGCGACCCUACAAGUGUGGUGAGUGUGGAUAUAGGACAGUUCAAAAGUCAAAGUUAUCCAGACAUAUGAGAACCCACACAGGUGAAAAACCCUACAAGUGCGACCAGUGUGACUACUCUGCUGCACGGAAAUCCGUUUUGGACCAGCAUCGCACAAAACAUACGGGUGAGAAACCCUACAUGUGUGGGGAGUGUGGAUACAGGGCGGCUCAAAAGUCUGACUUAUCCCGACACAUGAGAACCCAUACUGGAGAGAAACCCUACAAGUGUAAACAGUGUGACUAUUCUGCAGCAGAGAAAUCAAGUUUGAACAAACAUUUAGCAAAGCACACCGGCGAGAAACCCUACAUGUGUGGGGAGUGUGGAUAUAGGACAGCUCAAAGGUCUACUUUGUCUAAACACAUGAGAACCCAUACUGGAGAGAAACCCUACAAGUGUAACCAGUGUGACUAUUCUGCAGCACACAAAAACAGUUUAGACAACCAUAUAGCAGCAAAGCACAGUGGUGAGAAACCCUACAUGUGUGAUCAGUGUGACUACUCUGCAGUACAAAAGGCCACUCUGGACAAACAUAUAGCGGCAAAACACACUGGAGAGAAACCCAACAUGUGUGGGGAGUGCGGGUACAGGACAGCUAUAAAGUCCAUUUUGGCUAAACAUAUGAAAAUUCAUACAGGGGAAAGGCCCUUCAAGUGUGACCAGUGCAACUAUGCUACAUCACAUAAGCCCAAUUUGGACAGGCACAUAGCAACAAAACACGGUGGUGAGAAACCCAAGGUCAAGGUCACUGCUCUGCGAUGUGUGACUGAAAGUUGAUUUGAGACAUCCGUAAAAACUGAUGACGAACCGGCUUUAAGGAAACAGGAUAAGCGACAACCCUGGCGACCCUUCCGGACAUUGAGGAUGCUUUCCACGUGACUAUUGUGAGACUCUCACUUAAAGAAGCCAGGUGGAACUGAAAUGUGAAAUUACUUAGCUUGAUAACUUUUAACUUCUUAUGUUGGUGAUAGUCCACUGUGUAAGACUUAUAGGAAUUACUCGAUAGAUGCGCAAAGGUAAGUUCGAAGUUUGCUGUGUUUUUUUCAAAUAGGUUACUUUGUUAUAUAUCUUACAUUGCUACAGUUAUGAAAUAAUAUUUUGUCUUCUUACUUGAAUAUGUUCUGUUUGGGACAUGUCUUGUAGGUAGAAUUAUACAAUGAGUUGAUCGAUGCGCACAGGAUAACUUGAAACAUGUUUACGAUAGUAUUGUAGAAUAACUUGAUAGAUACUCAUAGGAUAAGUUGAUAGAUGUUUUCAAAUAGACAAGUGUUUGUCCAAAGCAAGUUAAGGCAUCGAAUUAGUUUUUGUUACUUUGUUAUAUGCCUAAUAUUUGUAUCGUAAGAAAUAAUACUUUGUUAACUUACUGUGGGUACAUUCUAUUUUAUAAAAUGUCUAUCUAACCUGUAGUGAAUCCCAGCAAAAGAAAAUAAUCCACCACAUAAAAACAGUGGUCUCGAUAAAAUGAUUUUUACUGGUGUUUGUCAACUAACCUGCAAGGUGAUCAAGUGUAAUGAUAAUAAAGGAUUGAAUUG